AGCAAGCUGCCAUGGCACCGCGUUUGGGGAUCUUUCUGCUUUGGGCUGGCGUAUCUGUAUUCCUACAGCUGGACCCUGUGAAUGGAGACCAACAUCUGCCUGGGCGCUUCCUUACUCCUGCCAUUACCUCAGAUGAUAAAUGUGUUUUCCCAUUCAUCUAUAAAGGCAACCUGUAUUUCGAUUGCACUCUGCAUGACUCCACAUACUACUGGUGUUCUGUAACUACCUAUUAUAUGAACAGAUGGAGAUACUGCAGAAGCACAGACUAUGCCAGGUGUGCUUUGCCCUUUAUCUUUCGAGGCAAAGAAUAUGACAGUUGCAUAAAAGAAGGGAGUGUUUUUUCAAAGUAUUGGUGCCCGGUCACCCCAAAUUAUGACCGGGAUCGAGCUUGGAGGUACUGCUAGCAACAAAAAGCGAUACAGGCAAGCCUUUGAAACUUCAGGGAAGAAAACCAAGACAUCUCAAGCAUGAAGGUGACACUGAGUGACAGAUGGGACGUCCUUUCCCUGCAUCUCCACCACGUUCUCCCUGUAUGUGGGGCCAAUCAAUAAACCACUUUCUCA